AUGGCCAAAUAUAUUUCAAAGGUUCGAAAUUUCCAGAACUCUUACAUUAAUUUUAAAAUCAAUAUAAAUUUGCAGACAUCGGAUGAAAAAUUGUCAUUAUCAUGUAUUCGAGCUGCUUUGAAUAUUGUCAACGAAGAGAAAAAGUCAUUGAAUAGUUUGCCAGCUUUGGAAGCUUUUGUUAAUGUUGCAUUGGAAUCAAAUGGAAAUCAACAGGAAAUAAUUGCGAUGUUUGAAGAUCAAAUGCUUAUUGCAAAUCAAAGUACACAAGUUGCACUUGUUAUUUCAAAUGGAAUUUGUAGUCGAUUUGAUAAAUUGCAAUAUGAUUGGGCUGCUUUCAUUGUGAAAUUGUGUAUUUUUGGACCAGUGCCUAAAAAGGAUACAAAAGUCAUCUCAUUUUGCUAUGAAAAGAUAUUUAGUUUGGAUACGAAUUCAUUGGAAAAUGAUAAAAUUGAAAGAUUGGAUCAAGUUGUUCAAAUUGCAAGAUUUCAAGCGAUUGAAAUGUCGAUAAAAUUGGCUGAAAAAGAUGAGAAAUGGGCGAUAAAAUUGGCUGAAAAUGUGAUAAUUAUGUCGAAAUUAAUGGAUCAAAGUUCAAGUCGAUCAUUUGGAUUAUCAUUGGCACAUCGACAAAAAACACGAGCUGUUGAAUUAGUUUUGCUUGUUACACAAUUCAUCAAAGAUCAAAGUUUUAUAUCGGAAUUAUUCGAUUAUUUGGUUUCAUGUAUUAUUGAUCCGUGCCAACAAUUUUCGAUUAAACUUAUUGUUGAAUGGACAAUUGUCAAUAUUGCAAUCGCAUUUGAAACAGAGUUUUUUGAAAAAUUGGUUUCGCCAGAAUUCGAAAAAUAUUUAGCGGAGAGUCGAAUUGGAAGUAUUUCAUCAUGGAUCAAUAUUCUAACUUUGAUCUCAAGGACAAAUCCAAAACUUCAAGCUCGAUGUUUAGAAAAAGUUGUUUCGUGGACAAGUGCACAGAAUUUUCCAGUUAGAUGUACUGCGAUUGCUGCGUGUCGAUUGAUGUAUUUUUCGAUGAAAGAUCAAGAGAAAUAUGGAAUUAUACGAAGUAUUGUUGAAUUUUCAGCAGAACCUUCUGGAAAUUCAAAACGGGUUAUUGAAAAUCUUUGUGCCGAUUUUUAUUUCGCCAAACUUCAUACAAUUAAUCACUUUGAUCUUCAGGUAAUUUUGGGUGAAUUUUAACACUGUUAAAAAUUUGAUGAGUUCUUCUUGUAUAUUUUUAACAGUGUUAAAAUUAAACGGAAUAUUUUUUAUUGAUAAAAACUCACAAAAAUAUUCAAAUUUCAGACAAUUCUUGUAAUAAUUGCGGAGAAAACUGGAAUGCCACCAGAAGAAACAAUUCCAGUUGAAAUAAUCAAAUUAUAUAAUAACACAAAUAUAUUGUCUGAAAAUACGGAUGGAAAGUUUUUAUCAGCACCUUCGGAUGUUUAUUCAGCUCUUAUGAAAAAUGCAACAUCGGCUCCUUCAAUGAAAGCAGAAAAUGAAAACGAGGAAAAUGAUCGAGGAGAAUUUGAAUUGGUUCAACAAGAAAAUACAGAAGAACCCGCCUCAUUUCAACGAAAAAUUGUGAAAGAAAAAGAGGAAAAAGAUCCCGAAAAGAGUUUGAUUGUUGUUGCAACUCUUGUCGAUAAACCUACAAAUCUUGGUGGAAUUUGUCGAACUUGCGAGAUUUUUGGAGUCGAUUCACUAGUCAUUUCCGAUGUGCUUUUAGCUGGAGACAGUAAUUUCCGAGCAUUGAGUAUGAGUUCCGAAAAUUGGCAGAAAAUCGAGGCUGUCAAACCGCAAAACUUGUUGGAAUAUCUUCAAAAAUUACGAACUGAUGGAUAUACUGUAAUUGCGGUGGAGCAGACAACUGAUAGUGUUAUGAUGCAUGAUUUUGUAUUUCCGAAAAAAGUGAGUCAUUUUCUUUUUGUUUCUUUUGGUUUUGCGUGGGUUUUUACUUAUCAGUAUAUAAUUUCUUGCAGUCUGUUAUCGUGAUGGGAGAUGAAAAAGAAGGAGUUCCAGUGCAUUUAUUGAGAGCUGUUGAUAAAACUGUCGAGAUAAAACAGGUAAUUUUUUGA